AUGAUACUUUCUGCUUCACACUGGGCAAUUGGUACUGUGCCCAAGCACAUUCGUUUGACUAGUGUGAUUGCUCUGUACCCGUGCCCAGCUCUGCCCAGCACAUAUAAAGGCAGGUCCAACAAGCUCAGAUUAUCCAGGUCAUCCGAAGUGGAUAAAGACAAAGAUCUUUCAGGCAAGCUGUUUGUCUUCCCUAGACUUGGUGGAAGUGACUAUGUGAAACUAGCUACAACUAAAACCACGCUCAACUCUGCGACUGUCUGUUUCAGAUUCAUCACAGAUAUCACACAGGGCUACAGCCUCUUCUCUUUGGCUACUCCUGUGCACAAAAAUGCCUUUCUUCUGUUUAAGCCCAGAGAAGAUGUCAUCAGGGUGCAUGUUAAUGACUUGAGCACAGACUUCCUGUCCUUGCCGUCUCCCCCAAACACCUGGCACAGCAUGUGCACUACCUGGAACUCUGACGAUGGACUUUCUCAGUUGAUGGUGAACGGCAACUUGACAAUCAAGAGAUUCGUAGCGUCUAAGAAGCCGAUCACUGGAGUACCCAUCAUCAUCCUGGGCCAAGACCAGGACUCCUAUGGUGGGGGUUUUGAUGCAAAACAGUCUUUCAUUGGGAUGAUUUCUAAGGUCCACAUGUGGGAUUAUGUCCUCUCUCCCACUGAGCUCAGAGCCUAUGAGAAGGGUGAAAACUUCUCACCAGGGAAUAUGCUCAACUGGCGAGCCCUGGACUUCCAGCCAUCAGGGCUGGCUUCUGUGCAUGAAGAUCCUGAACAUGUUGUAAGAUGUACUUAAAUA